AUUCAUUGAAGUUGACAGAGUUUAAUUUGAGCUAUCUAAAAUCACAUUCACUUUUCUGUUUCCAACCUCGCUCUUAAAUCAAUUUAAACAAAAAAAAAUUAAUUCUUCAGAGAAAUCCGAUAUAUUUGGUAGUGCAUAACCAGCGCACGAACAAGGCAAUUGCGGAUACACAAAUGAUUUUUUGUCUUUCGAACAUUUUUACAACUUUUUCGGCAAGAAAGCAAAACGCGCAAGGCCAUGCCUGAGCAAAGAAACGACAUGACAUCAGCAGAAACUUUUGUGGGGGGCAAUCGAUUGAUGAUAGUUUUGGUUAUACUGGCUGAAGUUUGCGGUAUCAUCAGUUUGGUCCUACUCGUCGACUGGUUGAACGAGUACUACGAGGGAUAUUCAUUCGAUAAAGAUGACUCAGCUCUCUUCUCCUAUCAUCCCAUCUUCAUGUAUAUUGGCAUGAUCUUUCUCUUCGGCAACUCAAAUAUAGUUUUCAGAUUCACCAGGACAAUCCAGAUUCCGAAACUGAUUGUCAAGCUAUUGCACGGAUUUGUCCAUGCUCUUGCAAUCCUCUUCAUCUGUCUGGGGACCUACACUGUGGCACGGAGGAAGAUUGUUUUCGGCAACAACCCCAUGUACAGCUCCCACUCCUGGUACGGGGCAGCCACCAUCGCCCUAUUUUUCAUCCAGUACGCAUUUGGAGUGGUCGCAUUUGUCACACCGGUGCUCUCUGAAAGUGUGAAGGCAAAAAUGUUGCCAUUGCACCGAUUUCUGGGAGCAGCUACCUUCAUCUUGGCUUUUGUAACAGUCAUGACUGGCCUCACGCGCAUAAAUUCUUUUGUGGAGCGGACCACGGGAAAACGAUACACAGAAUAUCCUGCUUGGGGAACCAUCUCAAACUUCUUUGCCGUCUUCACUGGCGUGUUUGUGUUGCUGGUCAUGAUUCUUGUCACAAAUCCCGCGUUCAAACGACAGGCGAACAAAGCUUCAUCUUAUAAAGAUGAAAAAGUAGAAACUCAAUUUUAAAUUGAUACUUAAAUCUUUGAAUUGAGCUUAAAGCCGCUUUCAUAAAAAAUGAUGAAACAGCCGGAAACACAUGAGUGUAUUUUU